AUGGCCCGUGUUGCGCGGUCGGAGCUCGGCAUGACCAAGCCUUUAUGGCGAAAACUUGACAAGCAAAGAUGGCUGUGCACGGACCAUGUACGAGUACGAGGGAGAAAGAGGAAGAUAAGGGAAAGCAGCACCACGCAUUUCUUUUUGAGAAGACAGCUGAGAGAGCUAUCAAAUAGCGAAGAAGAGGCGAAGGAGGCCGUUAUUUCUGCGAAGGCAGCUCAUUAUGCCGAUCUUAACGAGAAACUCGAGUCUCGCGUGGUGAGAGGAGGCCAUUACGGCUAUGAAGAGGAUGAAAUAAGGCGAGCAACUGGUCCUGACGACUUGGUGGCGGACAUGUGGAAAUCAAAUGGCAGGGUGGUCGACGGAAUUCUUCAACCAGGUCGUUACAGAGAAGAAGGGCUCACGAAAAUAUGCCGUCUCUGCGGCAGUCAUCGCCAAGAAGGAGUGUUUCACCGGACUCGAUCCAAGACAAACCUUCUUAUAAUGUUAUGUGCAAUGCUGGAGAAGAAAGAAGUGGAAUUACCGUAUGCAAAAGAUAUGUAUAAUAAGUGUAAAGAUGUACGCAAGCGUAUUUGCAAGAUUCACUAUGAAGAAGCAGCUACACACUUCGCUGAUAUUGUGGCUGAUAUAUUUCACGAUGCUUUGCAGACACUCCUAUCUGUGCCAACUGAUACUCGUAUGAAUGCAGUUGUUGCUCGUUUGGAGCCGCAUAGACGUGCCAUUGAUGCAAGUUGCAAGAUCACAGCUGCCCAACUACUAUCAUUUUAUCGUGACUUCACUAAACGUUUUAAAAAGGUUUCUCCAGAGAUUCCUCAAAGUGAUGCGGAGAAUAUGAGUGCCGCUGAUAUCGAAAAAUGCCGUGAAUACAUGAAUACGGAGUCUUCUUCACUCGUGGAUGUUGGAAGUAAAGCACUACGGAAAUUAUUUGGUGAUCCGGACAGAAAAUUAGAAAAUGCAGAAGACUUUGCAAAGCCGCCGAUCCAGCUCGCAAGUCCAUCAGAUUCAGCAGUAGACUCUGCAAGCCCAUCGAUUCAGCUCGCAAGUCCAUCAUAUUCAGCAGUAGACUCUGCAAAUCAACCGAUCCAGCUCGCAAGUCCAUCAUAUUCGACAGUGAGCUUCGAAAAUCCGUCACAACAAAUUGGCAAUCCAUCAGCUUCAACGGUGGACUCCACAAGUUCACCGUUCCAGCUCGCAAAUCUAUCAGGUUCAUCACUGGACUCUCAGGACGUUUGCGCCCUCAACGGGACAGACCCGAAGCUGCUCGACCGAUUUUUCCGAAUAAAAGGACGUCAGCUUCUUAAACUGUUCGCAUUCUGCCCCUCUUGUGGAUCACGAAUAACAGACUCAGCGCGAUGUGUGAGCUUGACAGCGGCUGGAACAACUCCUAUCGUGCAUUACAUCUGCACAGCAUGUUCCCCUUACGAGAAAUGUUUCGAAGGGCAGGAGAAAGAGAUUUACCAUCCGCAGGAGAUCAUCUAUGAAGACUAUGACCAGGCUGCGAUGUCAGCUGUAACAGCCAACGGGUACUCGUGGUCGCGAACUGAGGGAAUGGCAGAUGGCACUGGAUCAGCUCCGUCGAUAAGAGUGAAAGAGAAUGGUCAAGCGUUGCCGGCAUUUGGUGAAGGCUGCAAAUCCAAAUCAUUCUCGACUUCGGUUCGAAGGGAUCAUGAUUAUGUCUUGGAUUACAAUCUUAUCAACAACGAUGAGCAAUUUCUCGAAAUUGGGGUUUGA